AUGGAUAAGAAGAUAGUGCGCAAGGGGCCGCUGCCUGGGGGUCGCUGGGGCGCGUCUGGAGCUGGCGCUGGACGCGGCAGCAUGCGGGCCGCCAGCCGAGCGCGAGGAGCUGCACGGUCACCUAGCAGCCCUCCGCAUCCAUCAUCCCCACUAGAAGGCUUGGUGUCGGCUGGGUCUUCUCGGACUCAGCAAGCGGCACCCGCCGCUGGUGGAGCACGUCGCAUGCGUUGGUCACAAGCAAUGAAUGCAAACGCACUGCGGGCGUACUUUAGGGCAAAAGGGGAAGAAACUGGAUGUUUGGCGUAUCGGGCUAGGAUGCAUCGUCUUUUUGCUGAGCUGGAGCCAUCUUUAACCGUCACAGAGCAAAACCUGGCAGACCGAGUUCGGUAUAUCUUGCGCUCAAAUAUAUUUGAUGUCGCCGAACUCGAACGGCUACGACGUGAGGCUGUUCCCUCGUCGGAUGAGAAUGCUACGGCUGAGGAUGCGGUGGUAGAGAACCUGACGUGGAUGCCGCCGUGA